CGUGCAUGCAUGCGCGCGCUCACACGCCAACAUCCCGCCGGACGACGCGAUCGCCUCCCUUCUCCUCGCACUUGUUCUCCUGCCAGGAAAACGCACCUCGCCCGUCUUUCUCUCCCCUCCAUGGAACUCCCCGCACUGGCUCGGAACUUCUCCUGAGCGCUGGACGUCUUUUCCCGCGGCAGGCUCGUCGACGACGGCGGUGACGAUGAUGAUGAUGAGGACGGCGGUGAUGAUGAUGCUGCUGGCCGGACUUCUUCUUCUAGAUGUGUCAUGCGCGGCCGAGGAUGGCGUGCGGCGUGCGGGCGGCUCGCGGCCGGACUGCGUGCGGGCCAGCGAGCAGUGCCUGCAGGAUGCCGCCUGCAGCUCCACGUACCGCACCAUCAGGCAGUGCGUGUCCGGCAAGCACGGCAACUUCAGCCACGUCGGCCGCAUGGACGCACAGGACGAGUGCCGGAGCGCAGUGGACGCGCUCAAGAAAAGUCCUUUGUACCGAUGCAGAUGCAAGAGGAGCAUGAAGAAGGAGAAGAACUGCCUGCGCGUCUACUGGGGCAUCUACCACUCCUUGCAAGGUAACGACUUCUUGGAGGAUUCUCCCUACGAGCCCGGCAACAGUCGCUUGUCCGACAUCUUCCGCCUGGCGCCCAUCCUCGGUGAGCCGGCGCUGGCCCGGGAGAACAACUGUCUGAACGCGGCCAAGGCCUGCAACCUGAACGACACGUGCAAGAAGUACCGCUCCGCCUACAUAAGCCCGUGUACCAGCAGGGUGUCCAGCGCCGAGGUCUGCAACAAGAGGAAGUGUCACAAGGCCCUCAGACACUUCUUUGACAAGGUGCCCGCCAAGCACAGCUACGGCAUGCUGUUCUGCUCGUGUCCAGCAGGCGACCAGACGGCGUGCUCGGAGCGGCGCCGGCAGACCAUCGUGCCCGCCUGCUCCUACGACGACAAGGUCAAGGUCAACUGCUUGGAGCUGCAGGACAACUGCAGGACUAACUACAUCUGCAGAUCACGUCUGGCUGACUUCUUCGCCAACUGCCAGCCUGAACCACGAUCCCUUUCGGGCUGUCUGAGGGAGAACUAUGCAGACUGUCUGUUGGCGUACUCGGGUCUGAUUGGCACGGUGAUGACUCCCAACUUUGUGCGUUCAGCCAAGCUCAGCGUGUCUCCGUACUGCGACUGCAGCAAGAGCGGCAACAGCAAGGACGACUGCGACAAGCUCACCACCUUCUUCACCGACAACACGUGUCUCCGUAAUGCCAUCCAGGCUUUCGGGAACGGGACAGAUAUCGGGGUGCGGCCACCUAUGUCACCUGCCCAGACCACCAGUGCCAUCACCUCGCCGUACCAACGCAACCGCCAACGCAACAACAUCGACAAUCACAUCAACACAGACACUGGAAUAUACCACUUCUGUGGAAGUUUACAGGCUCAGAAAUUAAAAUCCAACUCGACGACUGACAGCAUCUUCUGUGUGGACCCUCAGAUCGACGGUCCGAGCGUGUCCAACUCCAUCGCGGGAAACUCUGCCCCCUCCAGACGAGCCGGCGCUCUGCUGCCCGCUCUGCUGCCCCCUGUGGUGUGGCUGUGGACUCACUGACGCGUUGUCAUGGCGACGUCAGGUGUCACACUUCCUCCCCUUGUUUUUCUUCCUCAUUAAACCUCGUCAAGUACACCUUGAGUUUGUGCAUCCACGCAAAAUAAAGCUCCAAUCAGGGUUAGGUACGCCCACAUUUGCUCUGGCGAGGAUUACACACGCCCACAUUUGCUCUGGCGAGGAUUUGGCACGCCCACUUUUGCUCCGCUGAUGAUUAAAAAAGACCACUUUUGUUCUGGUGAGGAUCAGACACCCCCACAUUUACUCUGAUGAGGAUUAGACAUGCCCACAUUCACCCAUGUCAGGAUUAGACACGCCCACACCCAUUCUGGCGAGGAUUAGACACGCCCACAUUCACUCUGGUGAGGAUUAGACACGCCCACAUUCAUUCUGGUCAGGAUCAGACACGCCCACAUUCAUUCUGGUCAGGAUUAGACACACCCACAUUCACUCUGACGAGGAUUGGACACGCCCACAUUCAUUCUGGUCAGGAUUAGACACGCCUCACAUUCACUCUGGUGAAGAUUAGACACGCCCACAUUCAUUCUGGUCAGGAUUAGACACACCCAUAUUCCCUCUGGUGAGGAUUAGACACGCUCAUAUUCACUUUGGUGUGGAUUAGACACGCCCACAUUAACCCUGGUGAAGUUUAGACACGCCCAUAUUCACCCUGGUGAAGUUUAGACACGCUCAUAUUCACCCUAGUGAAGUUUAGACACGCCCACAUUCACCCAGGUGACGAUUAUACACUCCUACAUUCAGUCUGGUGAGGAUUAGACACGCCCACAUUCACUCUUUUGAGGAUUAGACACGCCCACAUUCACUCUUUUGAGGAUUAGACACGCCCGCAUUCAGUCUGGUGAUGAUUAAACACGCCCACAUUCACUCUUCUGAGGAUUAGACACGCCCACAUUCACUCUUUUGAGGAUUAGACACACCCACAUUCACUCUUUUAAAGAUUAGGCACGCCCACAUCCACCCUGGUGAGGAUUAAACACGCUCAUAUUCACUUUGGUGUGGAUUAGACACGCCCACAUUCACCCUGGUGAAGUUUAGACACGCCCAUAUUCACCCUAGUGAAGUUUAGACACGCCCACAUUCACCCAGGUGACGAUUAUACACUCCUACAUUCAGUCUGGUGAGGAUUAGACACGCCCACAUUCACUCUUUUGAGGAUUAGACACGCCCACAUUCACUCUUUUGAGGAUUAGACACGCCCGCAUUCAGUCUGGUGAUGAUUAAACACGCCCACAUUCACUCUUCUGAGGAUUAGACACGCCCACAUUCACUCUUUUGAGGAUUAGACACACCCACAUUCACUCUUUUAAAGAUUAGGCACGCCCACAUCCACCCUGGUGAGGAUUAAACACGCUCAUAUUCACUUUGGUGUGGAUUAGACACGCCCACAUUCACCCUGGUGAAGUUUAGACACGCCCAUAUUCACCCUGGUGAAGUUUAGACACGCCCACAUUCACCCAGGUGAGGAUUAUACACUCCCACAUUCAGUCUGGUGAGGAUUAGAGACACGCCUACAUUCACCCUGGUGAGGUUUAGACACGCCCACAUGUACUCUGGUGUGGAUUAGACACGCCCACAAUUACCCUGGUGAAGUAUAGACACGCCCACAUUACCCCUGGUGGUGAUUAGACACAACCAUAUUCACUCUGGUGUGGAUUAGACACGCCCACAUCCCCUUUGGUGAGGAUUAGACACGCCCACAUUCACCCUGGUGAGGAUUAGACAGCCCACAUUCACCCUGGUUUGGAUUAGACACGCCCACAUUCACGCUGGUGAGGAUUAGACACGCCCACAUUCACCCUGGCGAGGAUUACACACGCCCACAUUCACCCUGGUGAGGAUUAGACACUCCCACAUUCAUUCUGGUCAGGAUUAGACACGCCCACAUUCACUCUGGUGCCGAUUAGACACGCCCACAUCCAUUCUGGUCAGGAUUAGACACACCCAUAUUCACCCUGGUGAGGAUUAGACACUCCCACAUUCACCCUGGUGAGGAUUACACACGCCCAAAUUCACCCUGGUGCGGAUUAGACACGCCCACAUUCACCCUGGUGAGGAUUAGACACAUCCAUAUUCACCCUGGUGAGGAUUAGACACGCCCACAUUCAUUCUGGUCAGGAUUAGACACACCCACAUUCACUCUGGUGCGGAUUAGACACGCCCACAUUCAUUCUGGUCAGGAUUAGACACGCCCACAUUCACUCUGGUGUGGAUUAGCCACGCCCACAUUAAUUCUGGUCAGGUUUAGACACGCCCACAUUCACCCUGGUGAGGAUUAGACACGCCCACAUUCCCCCUGGUCAGGAUUAGACACGCCCACAUUCACCCUGGUGAGGAUUAGACACGCCCACAUUCACUCUGGUGAUGAUUAGACACGCCCACAUUCACUCUGGUGAUGAUUAGACACGCCCACAUCCAUCAACAUACCACAUUUGCCAAAAGUAGAGAAAGAUGCACAAGAUGAAGAGAUUGUAAAUACUUUCAUGUUUUUUUUUAUGUUUCUGGAUUUUUAUAUUCCUGUUUUUUUAUGAUUUUGGUUCUUUUCAAGACGAAGGACACACACGCCGCUCCUUCCUUCCUUGCUUCCUUCCUUUCGCCUCCUCGUCUGUCAAGUUUCUAAAAACCACUCCUCAGUCCCCGCAGGAUUUCACCUUUUUUUUUUUUUUUUUCUUUUUCUUCCGACUGUUGGCCUCGCAUACUUGAAUUCACGGCAGCUUUUUCAGAAAGUCUGCGGCGAAAGUCGCAAAGUUUUACAAGCUUAUUUUAUUUUCAAAGAUAGUACGUUUUUAUGAAUUUGUUUUCAAUGUUCCUCGUAACCUCGAACUAAAAAGCACAGGAUUUUAACAUCAUUUGUAAAACUAACAGUGUUGAUGUUUUACUCGUUUUACGGCACACGGAUUUAAAAGUGGACACUAGAUGGCAGUACUCUCAGCUCAUACUGUUUAAUUCCUACACAUUCAUUCAUGAUCUGUUUUACUCCAUUUUUGUUGGUGCAUGAGAGAUUAUCAUCACACUUCAACAUCUCUAACAUGUCAAUGCUGCCUCUUUGCUAGCUCAGCAUUGCACAUGCAAACAUCUUCCUGAUCGUCUUACUGUGGCUAAAUAAAUGUCAAAUACGUGUAAAGUCGGAAGUAAACGUUUAUAUGCUACUAUAUUACCCAGAAAGCUUAGCGCUGUGGACAGGAACAGGAAGUAGGUGUGGUUUGAUCAAUAAAUAGUGGAUAUAUUGUUAGACAUUGUUCUAAACCACAGGUGUCAAACUCCAUUUUUUUUGGCCCUCAAAAGCCUGGAAAUAAUACGUCUCAAUAAAGUACCGUAACUUUUCCUACUAAAUGUAUUAUUUAUUUCUAUUUUGGCAGAAAAAAAAGUGCUCUAUGUAGGUCUAAUUAUGCAAAAAUAUAUGAUUAAACAUUCAAACCAUUUUUUAAAAAUAGAUAUGCAUACUAAUAAUUAUUAUUUCAAAGCAAGUUAUCCAUCAAAUUGUACAUUGUUUCUAAUAAAAUGUAAUAUUUAUUGUGGUUUUUACAGCAUUUUUCUCAAUUUUUAAAAAUGUUUUACUUUUUUUUUUUUACUGUAAUAAACUUUGGUGCCGUUUUGGCAUUUACAGUAAUACACCCAACAAUCUACACUUAUUGAUUGGCAGUAAAAAAAAAAAUGGUGCCAAAAUUUGAUUGUAAAAUUGCAUUUUUUUUUAUUCACAGUAAAAAAAAAAGUAAUGUAAAUUUUACAGUGAAACUGAGCUGCUUCUUCUUUUUUUUUUUUUUUUUACCAUAUAAAACAGCAGUACUGUUUUUCCACGUACAGUAAUAUACACAACAUUUUGAGGUGAAAUUUUUGCAAUUUACUAGAGAUGCCCGAUUAAAUCGGACUCCCUGAUAUUGUCGUCCGAUGAAUGUUUAAAAAUGAAAAAAAACAAUACUUUUUUUUUUUUUUACUGUAAUUAACCAUGGUGUAGUUUCGGCAUUUACAGUAAUACACCCAAAAAUCUACACCUAUUGAUUAGCGGUAAAAACAACAACAACAAAAUCGAACAAUCUGACAGCUCAGGUGCCAAACUUUGCAUUGUAAAAUUGCAGUUUUUUUUUAAAUUUACAGUAAAAUUAUGGCAACUGAGCUGCCUUUUUUUUACGAUUUACAGUAAUAUACACUACAUUUUGAGGUGAAAUCAUUGCAAUUUACUAGAGAUGUCUGAUAAUAUCGGACUGUUGAUAUUAACGGCCGAUAAAUGUUUUGAAUUGAAAAAAAUACAUAUAAAUGAAAUAUAUAUAUAUAUAUAUAUCCAUCCAUUUUCUACCGGUUAUUCCCUUUUGGGGUUGCGGGGGGCGCUGGUGCCUAUCUCAGCUACAAUAGGGCAGAAGGCGGUGUACACCCUGGACAAGUUGCCACCUCAUCGCAGGGCCAACACAGAUAGACAGACAACAUUCACACUCACAUUCACACACUAGGGAUCAUUUAGUGUUGCCAAUCAACCUAACCCCAUGUCUAUAUAUACAUAUAUAUAUAUAUAUAUAUAUAUAUAUAUAUAUAUAUAUAUAUAUAUAUAUAUAGAGAGAGAGAGAGAGAGAGAGAGAGAGAUAGAUAUACAUACUGAAAUUCAAGUAUUUCAUAUAUAUAUAUAUAUAUAUAUAUAUAUAUAUAUAUAUAUAUACAUAUAUAUAUAUAUAUAGUGAAUUCUAGAUAUAAAUAUACUCCUACCCCCUUAGCCCCGCCCACCCUGACCCCGCCCACAAUCUCCUGAAUUCGGAGGUCUCAAGGUUGGCAAGUCUGAAUUAAGUGUUGGACAAUAUCGGAAUAUAUCUGCAAAAAAGCCAUUAUUGGACAUCUCUACAAUUUACCAUAUAUUAUUUUUAUAGUUAAAAAAAAUAUAUCUACUAAUAAAAUGCAUAAGAAAAUAUUAUAAUAAUAGUAUUCACUGUUAGACACGGCCCUCCGGGACCAAACAUAAGUGCCAUGUGGCCCUCAGUGGAAACCACUUCGACACCUCUGGUCAACACAAAUAAAACAAAGUAAAUAAGUUGAAUAAGUUUUUCUAAACUGUCGACAGAAUGUUGUCUGUCUAGCUGUGUUGGCCCUGUGAUGAGGUGGCGACUUGUCCAGGGUGCACUCCGCCUUCCUUCCCGAAUGCAGCUGAGGUAGGCUCCAGCACCCCCGCUGCCACCACAAAAGGGACAAACGGCAGAAAAAUGGAUGGAUGGAUGUUGACAGAGACAAAUUUGAUUGGACGCAGUAAACAAAGUUGCAAGACUGAACAUAACCGGCAGAAAUUGAAAAGGGACAAGCGGUAGGAAAUGGAUGGAUGUUUGAAUUUGCAUGAAAUUUGUGGGGACUGACGAGCUCGCGCUAAUUAUGUCGAAUUUUUUACCCUAAACGAGCACGAGCCAGCCAUUGGUCUGCUGCCGUUAGGGGGAGGAGCUUAGGAGUUCAACAAAGUGGGAGGAGCAUCUUAAUGAAAGCUUGUUUGUUUUUUUCUGAAUAUUGUUUUCCACGUGACUAAUGUACAUUUCUCUGCAUCUGCAACAAAUAUAUCAAAGUAACUCUCCUCUCCUUGCUUAAAUACCCACUUAUUUUUCUACAUUGGCCCUGCUCUUCUGAAGGUGAAUAAUAAUCAUGACAAUGAUGACAAUAGGAAUAAUGAAAGUGAGAGUCGGGAUCACGACAGGCUGGUCUGAAUGUUUGGAGAACAUCCUCACGCACGUUUGAGCCGACUUGUCGCUUUUCGGAGGAAAAGGAGGCGAUUGCUGAUUUAUUUUUAAUUUUUCAGCUUCUUUUGCCGUCGUCUUUGCUUGUGAAAAUGUCUCAUUUGUUGUACAGAUCAUUAAAGUUGGGGAAAAAAAUCACACAAA